AUGGCAGUGCCCAUCCCCGCGCGCCCCGACGCCCGUGGUGCUCCUGGGGAUCUGGCACGCAGCCCUUCCUUGGCCACAUCGGUCGGAUCGGUGCCAUCCUCGACAGCCUCGGCGCUGCACAACAUUAAGCUCCUGACGGCGCUUCGUUCCGGCAACCCAGCCGAUGUCCAGCCGUUCCUCGAUGAACUCAAGAACGCGCCACAAGAAUCCUCUGCCGGACGUGUCCUUGGGAUGGCCGUCCAAGUCGCCUCUGGUGUGUACUGGUAUGACACGGGGGACACUGCGUCCGUCUACGGAGCUUGGAGACUGCCCAUCAUCGAGCUCGUCCUCAAGUCGCCAAACGUGCCCAACCCCAACGUCCCCGUCGCACCUGGCACCACGGCCACAGCUCUCCACGUCGCGAGCGAGAUUGGCCGUCCCGAAGCAGUUGCCCUUUUGCUCAGCGACCCGCGCGUCGACGACACGCUCAGAGACGAGAAGGGACGCACGCCCCUGGAGUGUGCCGCCAACCAGGACGUGGCCACUCUCAUCGAGGAUUCCCGCUCAACCCACCAAGUCCGUUUUAUGAACCUCUUGACCGCAUACGUCGCCAGUCCCCUGAGCUCCGUCGAGGAGAGUUCCAACAUUGCCACUUUCCUGAACGAACCCCGCUCCGAAGCCGUCAAUCUGAACGCCCUCGACGAGCGGACUGGCACCAGCCUGCUCCACGAGGCUGCACGUCGUCGUGACCUGCGUCUUGUGGAGCUCGUGGUGAAGAAGGGAGCAGACGUGUUUGUCCGUGACCGCCGCGGCCGUCGCGUCCUGGAGCACGACAAGAGCGCCGACGAGCGCAUCAAAGCGUACCUUCGUCAAUUUAGCAACCAGGACAGCGUCGUGCAGCCCAAGAGCGAUGGCCGCCCGCCUGACCUCAAGGGCUUCCUGUCCAAGUGGGUCAACUACCGCCAGGGAUGGAAGACUCGCUGGUUUGUCCUCGAGAACGGCGUGUUGAGUUAUUACCGCAACCGCGAGGACGAGCACAUUGCCUGCCGCGGUUCCAUUGCGCUCGCCACCGCCUACCUCCACCCCUCGAUUGAUGGCAGCCGCUUCGAAGUGAGCUCGGCCGUGACCACCUCCGUCCCCAAGAUUGUUGUCAAGUCGAGCGCUCGUGGCGAGAUUGCUCGUUGGGUCCAGGCCAUCCGUCUCAACAUGGAGUUUUACCAGCACGGCGGGUCCAAGACCAGCCCGGCUCCGUCGUCGCGCGACCCUACCGGCAAGGGCAAGUACACCCCCAGCCUCUACUCCAACCAGGACCGUGCUGCCCUUGGCACGCAGAUCAGCGAGCUUCCUCCUGCCGACGGUUUCCUCCACCCUGGCCUGAAGCGUUCCCCGACUGCCCUCAGCGGUAUCAGUGUCAAUACAAAUGUCGGGAAACCCCAGGGCAUGCGGCAGGUGUCGUCGCCCAUGUCCACGACAUCUCGCCGCCUCAAGCAGCAUACCGCUCUGGGGCUCGGCAUUGACCAUGACACUGGCAGUGAUGGCGCAUCGACCAGUGACGAGGCCAGCGGCGAUGAAAAGGACUCCGAGACCAUUCCCCACGAGUCCGAGUAUGAGCUGUCGAUGAGGGAGCUCACUGCUCAACUCGAGGCCACGGAGCAGCUUGUCGGUUCCAUUGUCACCCCUCCUUCUUCGUCUCAAGGCUCGCCCGACCCGUCACGCAGCUCCGCUCCUGUCUCGUCGUCGCGCCAGCAUGAAGUCAAGAACGCCCUUCGCGAGUCGCUCUCCACCAUUCAGCGCCUUGUCGCCCGUCAGGGGCAGAUGACCCAGGACCGCGAAAAGUACUACGAGAGCCGCAUCAAGCGCGAAGUGAACGCUCGCAAGCUGUGGGAGGAGAACCUCCUUGCCGUUGCGCAGCAGCAGCAGGAGACCGAUCGCCAGCUCACCGAGGCGGCCAAGGACAAUGAAAAGAAGCGGCGUGCGCUGCGCCAGGCGCGCAGUGUUCUUGCCGACAUUAGUGCCAGCCAGCCCACGUCCCCCAAGAUUGAGGGCGAGGACGGCGGCUAUGUUGCUUCCCCUGGCAUCAUGGAGAGUGACUUUGCGCCGGCGCUCCCUCCUGCGCUCUUGCAGCACACUCUGCGUAGUUCCAUCUCGCGUGGAUCCAUGUCGCGCCAGUCUAUUUCGCGCGGGUCUCUUUCCCGCCACUCGGUCUCGCUGUCCAAGAACUACUCGCGCCAGUCGCUCAGCAUACACGAUGUCGACAAGGUCGUCGCGGCCAUGGACGAGUCGGAGGAUGACGAUGACGAGUUCUUUGACGCCAUCGAAACCAACACGAUUCCCAACCUCAAGCUCUACGACUCGAUCGCCCACCCAGAGCGUCCUGCUACUCCUACGGCCCCCCCACCGCACGCGGAGAUUACCCCGGCCAACGAGCACACCAUUGCCACCUACCUCGCCCGCGACAGUCUUGAGCCAUACAGCCACGUCCGCCACAAGCUGCCCAUUGACGACGACAAGCGUCCUGGUGUCAGCCUUUGGAGCAUUCUCAAGUCGUCCAUCGGCAAGGAUCUUACCAAGAUUACCUUCCCUGUCAACUUCAACGAGUGUACCUCCAUGCUGCAGCGCAUGGCCGAGGACAUGGAGUAUGACGCCUGUUUGACGGUUGCUGCCGGGGAGAAGGACCCGCUCAAGCGUAUCGCCUUUGUCGCCGCCUUUGGCAUGUCCAACUACUCGUCGACCAUUGGCCGUAUCGCCAAGCCCUUCAACCCCAUGCUGUCUCAGAGUUUCGAGUACGCCAUCCCUAACCGCUACCGUUACAUCUCCGAGCAGGUCUCGCACCACCCUCCCAUCUCGGCGUGCUACUGCGAGGCCCCCACUUGGAAGUACUAUGGCGAGGUCGAUGCCAAGAACAAGUUCCAGGGCCGCUACUUUGAGAUUCGCCCCACGGGUGUCGCGCACUGUGACCUGAUCAUCCCCAGGGCAUGGGUCAAGGACGGCGACAAGUACCCCGACGCCGGACCCGAGUACCCGGAGGGCUACGUUGUCGAGCACUAUUCGUGGAAGAAGGUCAUCACCAACGUGUCCAACUUUAUCAUGGGUAACCCGCUCAUCGACCACUACGGUGACUUGACCGUCACCAACCACCGUACCGGCGAGACGUGUACCCUCACGUUCAAGCCGCGUACCUGGCGCGGCAAGGACGCCUUUGAGAUCAAGGGCGAGGUGUACGACAGGCAGGGCGAUUCGCAGUGGGAGAUUGCAGGACGUUGGGACUCGCAGCUUAUUGCCCGCCGCACGGGUAUUGCCUCGGAGCCCCUCGAGUCCAACGAGGAAGUCGACCACGAGGACACGACAGAGUACAUGCAGCUGUGGCGCAACACCACCAAGCCCAAGGCUCCCUUCAACCUCACCCCUUACGCCGUCACCCUCAACGACAUUCCCAAGGGUCUGGAGGCCUACCUUGCGCCCACCGACUGUCGUCUGCGUACCGACAUGCGCGCGUUCGAGAACGCCGAGUACGAGCGUGCGCAGUCACUCAAGACUGCCAACGAAGACCACCAGCGCGCGACCCGCAAGCUUCGCGCCGAAGGCAAGCUGCCGCAACACGAGCCGCGGUGGUUCAACCCCGUCACCGACCCCGACUCGGGCGAGCGCCUGUGGAUGCCCAAGCGCGCCGACGACGGCGAGGUCAAGUUCUGGCACGACCGCGAGGCACAGGGCAGCCUGCCGGCAGGGCAGAAGUGGAGCGAGGUGGAGCACAUCUUCGUUGACGACCAGUAA